AUGACGACUCAGGUCAUAGGCUGGGUAGCCAAGCAAGCAGCUCCAUAUAUCCUCUCAUACGUUAAAGAUCAUAUUUUUGGCAAGGCUGUAGAUCAAAUCACGAUUCUUGAAAACCAGGUCCACGCUGUCUCAGCCCAACUCACCGCCUUGAACCAGGAAGUCGCCAAUGCGCUCUCAACACUCCAGAAACAAGACCAAAUGGACAAGAUGUGGGGUCCAAUCACUCAUCUCCAAUAUUAUACCAAACGGAUGAAGCAGUGUCUGCAAAGCGCAAGUGACGGCGACACUGCGGACCUAGAAAGCUUCUUAAAAGAUCUGAGCAAUGCAAAUGAUGGUAUCGGCUAUCAAAUGUCGACGCUGUACGAUGCAUUGCUGGGAGAUGCAGAAUUUGCAGACUUUGGGGGAGGGACGGUCCAGAUCUGGGUGAGCAAUACUUAUCAGGCACAGGUCACCGCUGGUAGUAGCUUCACGACUGCGGCCUUUGAAGAAGCUGUUGACACAAAGCUGCUCGCCAUCUUCACAAUCCUUCAGAAUGCAAUCGUGCUUUUAUGUACCACGACCACCGACCCAGUGGAAGCUCAAAACAUGGCUCAGGAAUGGAGCCAAAAUCUCACCAACAUCCAGAACGCAGCAUACUGCGCCUUUCCACCUGCAGUUAAGCUUUGGCAGCCUUCAUACACCGCGCCUGCAUUCACCUUGGAUCCAAACAAAUGGUUUCGUCUUAGAACCUUCUCCACUGACCCGCACUCAGUCACUGGAUGGUACAUAUGCAACACUGGCACAGCUCUGGCGUGCAAUCCGCCACCCGAUCCCAACGAUUUCAACUACCAAUGGAGAUUUGCUUCCGAUCCGACUGUUGGCCCAGCGAACAUCAUCAAUCGACAAUCAGGAUACCCGGUGACCAUCAGCUGGCAGGGCUCGCCUAUUGGCAUGCAACGAUGGUGGACAGAGUCUUCAAACAACAUCCAGGGUUAUGAUUUCCAGUCCGUGACAUAUACCAUUAUCCCGACGUACAAUAACGGAACCAAACCAAACAUCCAGUUUGUUGGUCCAAUAAUUGCUGAUCCAUCAGAGCUGACGAUCAAUUUUUAUCCUAUUGAAUGGACGCUAGCAUCGCUUUCAUACUCGCUUGACAUCGAGAAUGUGUAA